AUGGGACUAACGUCUAGUUGUCCAUCGAAUACACAAAGGGACGAAAUUGCCUUAGAACCAAAUGAUGACAUCGAGGCGGGACCUGACACCCAAUCGAAAACGGAGUGUUCUCCUCAAUCAAAUGACUUUGGCACAAAUGCUCAAAUGGCCAAUGUAAAGGCGCAUGCAGAGGAGAUCAAUUGCCUAGUGGUGUCUGAAGAUGGGUCUUUAGUGGCCUCUGGUUCAGAGGACUGCUCAAUAAGAGUCUGGUCCAUAGACCGUUGGGAUUGUGUCCGAGAACUACUCGGACACGAUGACUACAUCACUUGUCUUGUUUUUGUUGGAACACGUCUGCUAUCUGGAUCCGGAGAUAUGACUGUUCUAAUGUGGGAUCUUAUCCAAGGCGAUCGUAUUUUCACUAUUACAGGUCAUACGGGCUGCAUCACGUCAAUCUGCGUCACAAAAACGCAGAUCUUCACCUCCGCCAACGACCUCCUAGUGCACUGCUGGAGUUUGGAAGACGGAAGUCCCAUAAGGGAGUACACAGGCCACAAAGGGGCCGUCUAUGGCAUUAGAAUCUCAACUGGGGCCAAUGAGUCAAUUAAUCAGGAAAAGUCGACCGAUGCAUCGGCUGGACGACGUCGAGUUCGUUUUGUGACCUUUUCAGCUGACUGCACAGCGCGUCUGUGGGGAGCAACAAAGUCGACUUGUCUGCAGACUUUCCGCGGCCAUUCUGGACCUGUCACCUGCGUGGCCGUAGAUGAAGAACGCCACUACCUCUACACCGGCUCCUCUGAUGGUCGUGUCGCCAGUUGGUUGUUGGAAACUGGACAGAGAAUCCAUUGGUUUGAGGGCCAUUCUGCCCCAAUCAUUUACCUACUGAUAUCAGAUGACUGUCUCUUCAGCGCCAGCUCGGACGAGACGGUUAGGUCCUGGGUCACCGAUAUCGCUCAGGAGUUGCAGGUCUUCAAAGGUCACGGGCACACUGUUUCCAAGUUGUGCCUUCUCAAGGGAGACACGUGUGACUGGGAGCACACUGAUAGCCGCGUCGCAAGAAGGCAGGAUUUGUGUUUGGGACCUUUCCGCACUGACGACAAGGACAACCGUGAAGGAGAAUGA